UCAACCAUGAAGAGUUUAAAAAAUCCAAGAGUAUGGGUGGGCAUGAAGCCGGUGCGGGCGCAUCUGGACACGGCCAAGUUUAUGUUCUUCUACGGUCCAAAGUUCGAAGAUCAUGAAACUUACUCCCUGGAGAAGGCCGAGGACAUCCUGCUGCACGGUCAGUUCGAUAAGAACAAAAAAACCGUAAUGUACUUCCACGGAUACAUCGAGACGCCCGAGGUGGAAAGUGUUCACGUCAUCGCCGACGCGUACCUGAAGCGGGCAGAUCACAACAUCAUCAUCCUUGACUGGGCUCAGCUCGCCGACGGCAACUAUCUGCUCGAAGCGGUCCCCAACUGCAAGAAGCUCGGAAGUUACCUCGGCACGGUGGUACUGCGUAUGGCCAACGCUGGGCUGGAUGUGAACAAACUGCACCUUGUGGGCCACUCGCUCGGUGGUCAGCUGGCCGGCUACAUUGGUCGAACUGUGAUAUCGCAAUCCGAUAAGCAGAUCAAGCUCAACAGAAUUUCGGCCCUGGAUCCCGCCUUCCCACCGUUCUAUCCGGGCAUUUUCGCUACCGCCCUCAGCUCCAAGGACGCCAACUUUGUCGAUGUCAUCCACACCGAUGCCUGGCUGUACGGCGCCCCGGUCAGCACGGGGACGGCCGAUUUCUGGCCGAACAAUGGUAAAACCCUGCAACCGGGCUGCCCGAAGCGGAACUACAAACUACUCACGGACAACGACUUGUGCAGCCACCGGCGGUCGUGGUGGUUCUGGGCAGAAAGUGUCGCCGAAAGCAACGUACCCUCAUUCCACUCGGUCCGCUGUAAGUCGUGGGACGAUUUUAAGGACGGCAAGGUGGACCGCUCGGCCGCCGUCGUACAGAUGGGAAUCGAUUGCAGCCACGACGCCAAAGGAGAUUAUUACCUGCAGACCAACGGUGCCUCGCCGUAUUCCAAAGGAGUGACCGGCGCGAAAUAUGAAUAGCGUUGGCGACACUGCACUAGCUUAAGAUUCCAAGUUACCCGUGUACAAAAUGGUUUUUUAGUAAAAAAAUAUCAGAAUUU